GCUCGAAACGUUUUGUUUUCAUUCCUAUGUGUAAAUCGAUCGACUGCCUUUUUGUUUAUCACCACCACGUUCCGUAGGUCAACCGUCAGCAGGAUUGUAUACACUUCGACAGUUAUCGCUGGAGUUUUUCUUUACAUAUCUUACAUCUUGGUUGCACAGUUAUCACAAACUAAAGGUUGUUCUGGAUUAAUUCUCUUAAUCAGCAUAAGAUCAUUUGGCAAUCUUUCUUCAAAUCUAUGUAAUGAGUUGAAACUGACUUCAAAGUUUGUGUUACAGUCUUGUCCUGGAUUCCUAUUGCUAAAUUAAAAAAAUCAAACCGAUAUUUAUCUUUAUUCAGAAAACCACUUGGCGUCUUAAUCACUCAUGAAUCAGUAUCAAAAUGAAGUAUAUGAAUCGUCAUCUCCUGCACCUUCACUGACAGAUGAUCAAUGCUCUUUAAUUGAUGAAGGCUAUUGGCAUGAUAACGAUUUGAUAUUGGCCGCUGAAUUGGGUAAAGCUCUUCUUGAUAGAAAUCGAAAAUUAGAAUUAGCUUUAGAAAAAUCAAAAAGUAUUGAACAAGAAAAAGAUGCUGAAAUUGAAUUUCUUAUAAAAGAAAUUACUAAUCUUCGUGAGUUAAGUCAACGUAAAAUGGAAUUUGUUGAUGAAGCUGAUAGAUAUAAUCAAGAAUUGGAUAAUAAUAAUCGUCAAUUGAUGCGUAAAAUUUCCGAAGAUCAACAAAAGAUUCAGCGAUUAUCAAAUACAAUAGCCAUGUUAGAAGAACAAAUUGCUGGAUUAGUGGAACGAUUAAAAAAAUACGAUAAUCAAUCAAUGAUGAAAGGAACAGAAAUAAUCCAAUCAAAUUUUUCUUCUUCCACUUCAUCUCCAACUUCUACACCUUUACCAACUUAUCGACGACAUUUAUUACAAAAAAGCUCACCGACGUCUUCACCAUCAACAAUUAUAUCAUCAACCAAGAAAAUAAAUACAACUCUUAGGCCUAUUAAUACUAAAAAUUAUAAUAAUAAUAACGUUGACGCAUUAUCUUUAAAAAAUAUACAUAGAUCAACCAUUUUAAGUAAAAAUUAUGGCGGAUAUUUUCAAGAGAAAAUGAAAUCGAAACCAAUGUAUAAUCAUUAUAAUAACAGAAGUAAAACUAAUCAAUAUAGUAGCACUUCGUUUCCAGGUUAUCGUGAAAAGGGUGGUUUAUUCUUUAUUGAUGAUGAAUUAUUCGAUCAACCAGAUAUUGGUGUUGCUUCUAGUAAUAAUAAUAAUAGCAUUCUUGGUUCUGCUAAUCAACUGAAAUUAUUACGAACAAAUUCUAAAUCCUCAUCCAUUUCACAAUUAACAUCUGAAAAAUCUUCAUAUGCACAAUUAUCAUCAUCUAAUUUAUGUAAUAAAAUGCCUUGGAUGUUGAUGAUCAAUUCGAAGAUGACAAAUGAACAAAAAUGUACACUAUUAACUGAUCAUGAUGAUGAUGAUAAUAUUAAUGAUACAUUGAAUAUAUCCUCAAUGUUACAUCGUACAUUUAGUUGGCCUCAUUUAAAUAAAAUGUUGUUUAAUUGUGAUGAUCAUACUGACUUAUUUUGUAAUUUGGCAAAUUAUGAUCAUUCUUCACAAUAUACAUUAAAUCCUAAUAUGAAUGAUAAUUUAACAGAUGGGAAAGAUAAUCAUGAUGCUUCAAUUAGUAACGAUUAUCAUUGUGAAGCAUUUUCUAAUGAAAAUCAAGUUAACCCAUCAUCAGAAUCUAUGGGAUUAUCAAAUUCUCUAGUCAUUACAGAAUCUGAAGUUAAUCGGGUGGGGUGUUUUACUAAAUUUCGUUUUAUUUCUUUUCCUUUAAAUAGAUUAUCCAUUUUUCAGUCAGUUAGCUACAACGUAGGACCAAGCACAUAUAUGCAUCGGCCCAAGUUGCCACACCCCAUUAGCACAAUAGGAUGAAAACCAAAUUCAUACUUCAGUGGUAGUAAUUUAUAAAAGUCUAAAGGGAUAGCUUACUAGUUGUAACACUCAGUUCUCAAUCCUUGAGUCGUAGUUUAUGUCAUUACUUCAUGUAUUUAGAAGACUUGAUCGCCUCGGUGGCUGAGGUAUAACGUUGGUUUUAAAAAUAUGUCACACUCUCAUGGGCUAGAUUUCGGUAGAUAGUCGAUCAAGUGCUAUCCGAUUUUAUGGAACAGUAAUAACUUGUAAGAUUAGUGACAUGUGCCUUUGACCCCUCUUAGUCUUUGUCUACUACAAUUCGGAUGAAGCAAAAGGUGAAUUUUAUCGGAAGCUUUUUCACCUGUGGCUUAAGUAAGAUGCAGCAAUAUAGAAGACUCCCCCGGCCUCCCACACUGUACGAGCAUUCCAUGUACCUAAAUUAAUGUUUACUCUGGUUGUCAGAAAGAGCAUCAGCCUCGUGACUUCCGGAGGAACUCAUGAGGCGUUAUAACUCUUCUGAAUGAAGACCUGACUCUCAGGGCAGAGUUCAAAUGGUUUGAAUAAUUCUUUCUGAUUAGCGUUUUUUAGCGAGUUAGUUUUCUAUGAGAUGGGGUUGCUAACCUCAUGCCCAACCCUCUCCCUUUACCUGGGCUUGGGACUGGCAGUAGGCCCAGAGGGGCUCCAUGCGGAGUUGCCUGUCUGUUAAUGAAGAUACGAGUAAACGGGACAGCAGUUCGCUCCCUCUUACUUUAAGGGUGUGAAACGCAGUCUAUGCAAUUAGAAGACGUUCUCAGCUUAUUGUCAUUUGACUUAAGAUGUCAUGAAGCAAUGCUGGUUUAUAUUGGGAUAAUCGAAUGGUCAAAGCUGACAUCAGAUGUAUGGCACUAAGAAAAGAUAGAAAAUUAGUUGAUGAUGCAGUGAACCUUUAUCGACCGAGUUGACUGAAACAUUUGUUCAGUAUACCAAACCAUUGAAUAAUUCGGCGUGUAAUUUUGGUUGGGAUAAAUUAAGGUAAGGUGGAUCUAACAUGAUAUGGUAUCAGUUCAUGAAGUCACUAAACGUUGCCUUGAGCCAUUCCAGUGGGCACAUAUUAUUUAGUUGGGCGGCCCAUAAUAAUCACGACCAACAUUUUUUUCCGAUCGUUUUCAAACCCCUAAGUUUCUCAUGACUGGUGAAAUAACCAAUGUCAAAAUGUCCUAUAAUUUUUGGAUUCGAUGCAAAUAAUUCCGACAACCCAAUCAAGUUGUGACAUGUGCCAAUCCGGAAUCUAUAGUCUUAUUGCUAUAAAACAUUUAACUCUGCUUAUAAUCAUAAUGAUCAGCAAGCAUCAUAAGUUAAACUAAUUUCGAACUGUAAACGUUAAAAUCUGAUUUAGUAAAGGACAGUAAAUAUGAAAGUAGCUGUACUAAAGCUUUCUAUUCUAACUUAUUUCUCUGAUUGAUAUUACUUCUCUAGUAAUAUAUAUCAUCGUCAAAGUUUAAUGUGACUCAGGAAGCCAAUAGUCAAUGGCAAACUACCUUCUUUUAUUAACUGUCUCUCUCUCUCUCCCUCUCUCUCUCACUUUCUCAAAUAUUUCAGCCUAGCAGCCGUUCGUCUACACCAUCUCCAUCACAACACAAUCAUCAACACAUACUGACUAGUGAUCUUAACAAUAGUAAUAAUAAUAAUAAUGAAUCAAAUGAAAAAGAAAAUUCUUUUAUCACUGAAUUGAUUGAAAAUAAUUUAAUAGAAACAAAAACAAAUAGAAUCAAUGAUAAAUUGAAACCAAGAAUAUCUGAUCAAAUUAAUGAUUUAUUAGAUGAUAUUCAUUUUGUUAGUUAUUUAGAUCGUAUUUAUAAUCCAUAUAUACGUUCACAAUAUCAUGAUUUAAUUCAUUUAGAUUAUAAACCAGCUUAUAAGCAAUUAUUUCAUGAAACAUUUAAUUUAUUAAAAAAUGUACGUAAUAUAGAUAAUCAGAUCAAAUAAAUGAUUUAAACACUUUUCAUAUAUAUAUAUAUAUAUAUAUAUAUAUAUAUAUAUAUUACUAAUCACAAUAAUAUUAUAGUAUUAUUAUAUUUUUCAUUAAUUCAUUAUUUUGUUCAUUCGUUUUUCGAAGUUUUUUUUUCUUUUUUUUUUCGUUUUGCUUUCGGUUUUUCUACAGUUCCCAUUAUUAUUAUUAUUAUUAUUAUUAUUAUUAUUAUUAUUAUUAUUAUUAUUAUUAUUAUAUUGAUGUUGUAUUUCUACACUUUAAACUCUUGUUAAUAAGUUUGUUGUAAUGAAGUCGUUUUUAUUAGUUAUUCAUUCUGAUACACCAUUAUUAUCUCAUAAUGUUGAAUUAGAAUAUUCUCUCUUCUAUGUGCAAUAGAUGAGGAUAUCAAAAUUUAUUAAUAUACUAAUUCUUAAUGUGUUGUUCUAUGGAUGAUCAUGUUGUAGUGAACAGAACAGGGGUGCGGACAAUCGAAUGUAUUUAACACAAAAUUACAGGACUUGUUCAUAAAAUCUAACAAUCAUAAAGUAAAUGCUUAACUUGCAAAAUGUUCAUCAUUUGUAUUAUAAUGACUCAGACUUCAUUGUUCUUGCAUUUUCAUACAAAUUGCAUUCUGUUUCCAUUCUUUACUGUUCGAUCCUCUUGUCUCUCUGCUGCCAGACCUUCUGUUCACAACUAACAUCAUAUAUUACUUAUGUCAAUAUAAGUAGCACACACCACAAUGUCAUAUACAUAACACAUACAUAUAAGUUGGUAUUCUCUUCAUUUAUAUUCCAUUUAAAUGAUUUAUCUGAUAGAUAAAUAACUUUAAUACUCUUGUUUCAAAUUAAUUAUUUAUUUCAAUAAUUGAGAUCAUGAGUCAAUGGAAGCUAAAUCACUAUGAAAAACUUAGAAACAUUGGACGGUCGUCUCAUCGUAUUAUGGAACUCCUCAGCAGGGUUUUUUUUUAUGUUGGUCUAGUUUCAAUGAACUCAUGAUCUCAACUAUUGAAAUUGUUAUAAUCUUCACAAAAUCCCCUUCUGAUAUUAAUUAUUUAUUGUAAACGUGUUUAUAUUUUCAAUUAAAAGGAAAUUAUAAUCAACAUUAAAAUUGGUAUGUUGAAUCAGUCAAUUGGAUUGAAAUUUAUAUAUAUAUAUCUUAUUUGUAUAAUAUUGUGUUUAGUUUUAUAACAUUCCUUUCAUUUCUCCUCUUUGUGUUUAUUCCUUAAAUCAAGUAAAGAAAUACAAUAUUGAUUGUUAUUUUGUUAUCAGUAUUGAUUUGUUGUUGUUGUUCUUGUUUAUAGUCAUUUCUCUGUUUUUUUUCUCUUUUUUUGUAUUAUUCUUAAAAGAUAAAGAAUUAAAACAACUAACUUUAUAAAAAUUCAUAAUUGUCUUUUAUUUCAAUAGUUGAGAUUAUGAGUCAAUUGAAACUAGACCACCAUGGAAAACCUGGAAGCAUUGAACGGCCGUUUCAUCCUUUUAUUUGUUUGAUUUUAGUGAAUAAAUGAAUGUACAAAAUUGGUUGAAACACAGAUAUUAAAAGUAAAGUAUCUAUUGAUAUUGAUUAUCCAAAUUAUCGUAAACAGAAAUUAUUUCCAUAGGUAAUAUCCAUUAACUGAUUGAUUCUGUCUGAAGUACGAUUACAGGUUAGGACAUUUUAUGGCAGUGAAACAUUGCCUGCAAGAGUAGAGGAUAUUCGUAGGUUACCAGUGUUCGAUCAUAGGUGUCUUUGAAGCAUUGUUCGUACAUCGUGGGACCACCGAGUAGGUUGUGCAGUUGUUAUGAAGUGGGUACUGGGUAAAGGUGGAAAAUCGAUUGAUGAAGUAGUGAAACUUCAUCAGUUGAGGUGGCUUGGACACGUGUUACGUAUGCCCAACCACCGACAUGCGGUGCUUUAUGAUGUAGGAGUAGGUUAGAAGAAAGCUAGAGGCGGUCAGACAAAAACAUGGCACAAAUGAAUGACAAGUGGACUGAGUCAGAUUGAUAGGUGUAGACUACCUGGUUGGGGUCCGCGAGAUGAUAGCAACCGAUGGUUAGAGACCUUGAAUGACAAGGCUCAAAAUCGUUUGCAAUAGUGCAGGUGCAUCCACUCUUUGUGUUCUCCUAAAUUCUAAUCUGAGUUCUUCAUGCCCCUUUCUUUUUUUCUUUCCAAAUUUAUUUCACUGGAUUAUGCUCCUUCAAUAACAUCUUCAAACCCUAAUCUUUCCGACUACUGCUUAUACUUUUGCUACCUCUACCACUAUGGGAUUUGAAUCGACAAUUGUAUCAGUGUGCUAAUGUGGUAUGGCAACUUGAACUGAUGUAUGUACGUACGAGGUUCUACGUUGUUACUGACUGACUGUUUCCACUCUAUAUGACAAGUACAAUUUACAAAAUAAAUUAAUUUUCAUUAAAUUCCCUUAAUUAAAUUAUAACAAUCGGCUGUGUUAACUAAUUUUAAAAUGGUCUAGCUUGAAUUUGUGACUCGUACAACCCAAACAUAUUGAGAGUGAAUGUUUCCAACAACAAUCAGUUAUGAUCUCACUAGAUAUUACAUUGAUUCAAUUUGAGAUUGUGGUACUGGACAUCAGUCAAGUGACACAAAGUUCAUUGGUACAAAAACCAAGGUUGGACGUCAAAGUUUCAAAUAGACUGAACAUUUGGUUACUUAUUUAAUUACAUACACCAAUUAUCCCUCGUGUAGCAGCACAGGUUGUCCACCAGCAUUUUUCAUCGAACUCUGUCCUGGACAAUCUCAGUUGUUCCCUGUUGCUAUUCAUCCUUUUGGUGUUUGCUUCCAAUAAUCGGAGCAGUGUGUUACUUGGUCUUCCACUUUUCCACUUCCCUUCAACGUUCCAAGUUAGCGCUUGCUUCGUGAUGCACCCUCAAACAAUAAAUAAAUAGAUGCUUCAUGAUUCAGUCUGAUGAUUUCGGUAAUGUAUGUCUUAUCCACUUCCAACGUCCUUUCCUAAUUGCCUCUUGAGCUAGAAGCUGGUUUGAUCUCUCCCACAGUAGGCUGAUUCUGAUGAUAUCCAGUCAACGGACAAUGAGUAUUUUGCGUAUGCAAUUGUUUAGAAAUACUUGUACUUUCUUUACUGUGGUUGUGCUGGUUCUCUAAGUUUCGGCACCGUACGAAAGAAUUGUCUUGACGUUCGUAUUGAACAUUUUGAUUUUGAUAUUGGUGGACAAAUUUUUUGAGUUCCAUAUGCUCUUCAACUGUAGGAACGUUGCCCUUGCUUUGCCAAUCCUUGCAUUUACAUCUGCGUCGGAUCCUCCUUGUUAAUCGACGAUGCUACCCAGAUACGUGACUUUCCACUUCUUCCAUAGUGUCUCCAUCAAGUGUGAUUGGGUUGGUGCUUGCUUUGUUGCAUUUCAGGACCUUGCUUUCGCCCUUGUGUCUGUCGAGGCGUACUGUCGAAGAGACUACCGCUACACUGGGUUUCUCCGCCUGCAUUUGUUGCUAUGUAUAAGAGAGGAGAGCUAGGUCAUCUACGAAGUCCGAAUAAUCUAGUUGCAAGCUGUCCAUUGUAUUCCGUGCUUUCCCCGCGAUAUGGAGGUCAUCAUAAUCCAGUCAACCGCCUGAAGAAAGGGAAUGGGUGAGUGUUAAUAGCUUUAUCUUACUCCGGUCCUUACUUGGAAUGCAUCUGUUAGCUGUCUUUCAUGCACGACUUUACAUUGUAUGUAGGUCAACAACGUAGAUGAUCUAUGUCGAAUGAUUGAAGGCCUACUCGUGUUAAACAGGAAUGGUGUAGCCAACGCCGAAGGCACCCUUUCAUCGUAUUCAGGUACUAUGGCCACUUUGAUAACCAUAAAACACAAACGACCUUAUUACAGAAGUAUAUUGGCAAGAGUAGGUACAAGAAACAGAUUGCGACCACCACCGCACGGGCCAAUCCAUGGAGUGCAAUUAACUGAUGCGCGUUGUUUGUCCUCGACUUAGACGAGGAUUGGGGGACUAUGCAUACUGAGUGACCCGACUACUGAUUGAUUUGAUCACGGUUCAGUAACAUUUCACUGGCCCUACAGGCACACCAUAGUGUCGAGGAAUGUUUCAUAAGGUUCUUCUAUCCAUGCGUGGAAUGCUUUCUCAUAGUCAAGGAAGCUGGUGUAUAGUGACGAGUUCUAUUCAACUGACUAUUCAACGAUGAUCAGUAGUGUCGCCAUUUGGUUUGUGCAUGACCAACACUUAUGGAGUCGGGUCUGUUGAUCUCAAAGUUGGGCGUCUACUGGAUCUUUCAUCCGGUUCAGCAAUACUCUGUUGAAAACUUUUCCUGUUCCCGACAGUGGUUUGAUGUCUCUAUUUCCUGCAUUUGCUCAGUUCCUCUUUCUUUGGCAUCUUGAUGAGAUAUUCUUCUUUGCUGUCUGUCGGCACUUAUUUUCCCUCCUAAAUCUUCCUGAAUAGAACAUGUAACAUGUUUGCAGCUGCUUAUAUAUUUGACUUCGGUACUUCAGGUGGCACACCGUCAGGUGCUGAUGCUUUCCCGCUCUUGAUUCUUCCGAUGGCUAUCCCUAUUUCUUCAAUCGUUGGUGGUGUGACAUCUAUAGGAAGUUCUGUGUGUGAUGCCUGAUAUCCGGUGGAUUUCAUGGGACUGGUCUAUUCGAAAGUUCCUAGAAGUGUUCAACUCAUC